AUGUCACCUUCACACCUCUUUGAUCUUGCUCUUCUUCUGACUGCAUUCGCCGCCGUAGAUUCGCUAAAGAUCAAGUUGAGAGAGGAGGGUUUACGGACAAUCCCCUCCGAAACUCAGCCAAGUUUCCUGAAAAGACUACAAGCACUUAGAGACGGUGAUGUAGACAUCCCUGCCCUUUUUGAACUUUACGAAUUGGAAAAGCGCCGCACGAUGCCCUACAGCGGUGGUAUUUUUGGACGCUAA